AUGUUACAUCUUUCAUUUCAUUUUGACAGGGAAAGUGAGGCACCAUCGGCUUCUCGUCCUAGACGUGGAGGACGCUCUAAGAGUACCAGCAUUCCUACUCCUGCACCGUCUUCUGCACCGUCUUCCGAUCCUGCUCCUGCACCGUCUACCGGUACCACCAAUGUACCUCCUGCUCAAACAAUAGACGAGGAGACAAUUUCAAGAAAAAGGAAAGAAAAGUCAGACGUUUGGCCGCACUUCAAGCGUUUUAAGAAGGAUGGAGUGGACAAAGCAAGAUGCAUUUAUUGCAAUGGUGUUCUUAUGGCUCCCACUAAAUAUGGGACUUCUACUCUGCAGAAUCAUAAAGAUAGUUGUUUGGAAAAGAUAGAAAAGGGUGAGCUGAUAGUCGACCAUCUAUCAUCUUCUAGAGGCCAGGUACACACUCUUGGCACUUGGAAAUUCGAUCAGAUUGAUGCUAGGAGAGCUUUAGCGGAGAUGAUUAUCGUAGAUGAAUUACCAUUUAGGUAUGUUGAACAUGAAGGGUUCAAACGGUUUAUGGCUCGUGUUUGUCCAAUGUUUGUGUUACCUAGUUGUCAGACCGUUAGAGAGGAUUGUAUCAAGGUGUUCUUUGAAAAUAGAGAGUUGUUGAAGGACUAUUUCAAGACUAAGUGUUUAGGGAUGGUAUCGCUCACCACUGAUACUUGGACUUCUUUGUCCAAUCUCAAUUAUAUGUGCAUUACUGCUCAUUUCAUUGGUAGAGAUUGGAAAUUGCAUAAAAGAAUUAUUAACUUUGUCCAAGUUACAAAACAUUCUGGAAGUGAAAUUGGAAAACAGUUGGCUAGUUGUUUGGUGGAGUGGGGCAUUAGGAAGGUGUUUUGUAUAACAAUGGACAAUGCUAGUGUCAAUGAUGUGGUUGCUAUCCAUAUGAAGGAACAGUUGAAAGAGUGGGGAUCAGAUAUUUUGGAUGGAAAAUAUCUGCAGAUGAGGUGUGUGGCUCACAUUAUUAAUUUGGCUGUGAAGGAUGGGCUUAAAGAAACUGGUAAAUCUGUGGAGCGAGUGAGAGAGUCUGUGAAGUGGGUUAAAUCUACACCAGCUAGGAGCAGAAAAUUUAAAGAUUGCAUUGAGUUUGAAAAGAUAGUGUCGAAGAAAUUUGUUUCGUUGGAUGUAGCUACAAGGUGGAACUCAACGUAUCUGAUGUUGGAAUCUGCAAAGCCAUUUGAGAAAGCAUUUCAGACAUUAGCUAGAAAUGAUAAGAAAUUCAAGAAACAUCUCAAUGAAAAAAAAAUAUGGAAAUGA